AUGGAAUCGCAAGUAGCCCGACUGGUUGACAAGAUUUGGGAGAAAUUCCGAACCACGCCCGAAAAUGCCCGUCUACUGAUCGCUGUCAGUGGGAUUCCCGGUUCCGGAAAGACUGAGCUCGCCAUCACAAUGGCGAGACGUAUCAAUGAGAAGCACGGCGCACAAAACGGCGACCUAAUUGCUGCCGCAAUCCCCAUGGACGGAUACCACCUUACACGGGCACAACUUGCCCAAAUGCCUGAUCCAGAAUACGCUGCUGCACGGCGAGGUGCGGCAUUCACAUUCGACGGAGAGAAGUUCCUAGCCCUAGUGCGUGCGUUGCGUGAGCCACUAACACCCAAAACGCAAACGUUACAUGCGCCCAGUUUUGAUCACGCAGUUAAGGAUCCCGUGGAUAACGACAUCCCCAUUGCUGCUGCGCGACGGGUGAUAUUCUUCGAAGGGAACUAUCUGAGUUUGAAUAAGGAGCCGUGGAGCUCAGCGGCGAAGCUUAUGGAUGAGCUCUGGUUUGUGGAUGUCGAUUUCGACACGGCACGGCAACGCUUGGUCAAGAGGCAUGUUAAGGCUGGGAUAGCAAAAGAUGAGGCUGAUGCCGAGAAGCGCGCGGAUGAGAAUGAUUUGGUCAAUGGGCGGGAGAUUGUGGAUUGCAGGCUUGACGUGCAGGAGAUCAUCAGGAGUUCCUAUGACCCCAAGUGGGAGGAUUGA